GGUGGCCAAUAUGGUAGUGCGCUACAGGCGGCAGCGAACCGCGGCCACAAAGCGAUUGUUCGUUUGCUCUUAGACGCAGGAGCUGAUAUCAACCUUCAAGGCGGCGAAUAUGAUCGGACGACUGAUCAUUUGCUCAUAGACGCAGGAGCAGAUGUCAACCCUCAAGGCGGUGCUUAUGGUAGUACGCUACAGGCGGCCGCCGUCAACUGUGACGGGGCUAUUAUUCAUUUGCUCUUAGACGCAGGAGCAGAUGUCAACCUUCAAGGCGGUGCUUAUGGUAGUGCGCUACAGGCGGCCGCCGUCAACGGCCACGAAGCUAUUAUUCAAUUACUCUUAGACGCAGGAGCAGAUGUCAACCUUCAAGGCGGUGCUUAUGGUAGUGCGCUACAGGCGGCCGCU